AUGUCGCAGAAUUUAACUCAAGAUAGUGCGUUCAUUUUUGAAGAAGAAAAUACGCCAAUUGAUAGAACACCGUAUUAUAAAUUCGAACCAUGCUUCACAAUAAAAUCAUUUAAAAAAUGGGCUGACGAGUUCCGAACAUUCGAUGUGAGAAAAGACGAUGUCUGGAUUUUGUCACUGCCGAGAACGGGCUCAACGUGGAUUGAGAAUAUUGUUUGCCAAUUGCAGAAUGGAUUUGAUUUUUCGAAGAAACCACUUAAUUUGUUGCCAGCAGAAAUGUGGACGGUUCGACCGAAAAUCAUUUACAUUGCGCGCAAUCCUAAGGCUGUUGCCAUUUCGAAUUUUCACAUCUAUCGAAAUGGAAUGGAUUGGUUUUCACUAGGGUUUUCGGGAAGCAUUGAAGAAUUCUUCGAUUUGUUCCUGGAGGAUAGAGUUCUUUUCGCGCCAAUUCAUUCUCAUGUUCUUGCAUAUUGGCAACUUCAUCGUUUGAAUAAUUUUUUGUUUUUAAAUUCUGAAGAACAAUUUGGUGGAAUUAAAAAAAUUGCCAAAUUCCUGGAAAGCAUGUAUGAUGAAGAUGAACUAAAACGGCUCACAGACUAUAUCUAUUGA